AUGUAUCUAACACGGUUGAAUAUAAAUUCUGUUGAUAAAAUUUUUGAAGAUAAAAUUAAUAAAAAUAUUAUUAAACGUUAUUAUUUUUAUAGUUUAAAAGCUAGUAAAAAAUAUAAUUUUUUUCCUUUUUUUAUAUCUAAUAAUAUAAAAAAUAAAAAUAAUUACAAUAGUGACUGUUGUGAAUUUCCAUCAUUUACUACUUAUCACUAUCAGAAAUUUCACAAAGAUAAAACUCAUUCUUUGGUUUUUCCAAAAAUAAUAAAAAAAUAUUAUAGCACUAAUAAUAAAGAAAAUUCUAAUAUUUCUUUUACUAAAUUUGAAAAGAUGGCAUCUAAAGUUCCCCAAGUAGUUAGCCUUGAUCCAGCAGUUUUACCUGUAAACUACACAACCCCAGUUGAUGAUAUAAAAAUUGAAUUAAAAGAUUCUGGAAAAGAUAGUUGUAGUUUUGAUGAGGGAUUAGUAUUAUUUUUAGUUAAUUCUGCAUCUGAAAAAGAAAAUGGAAGUUUAAAAAUUAGUUCUCAAAUUAAGGAUAGUAAAAUAAAUGAAUUUCUAUCAAAUAAUAAUGAUAUUUUUAAUGGAAAAAUAGGAACACAUAAAAGUUUUUAUAUAUCUAAUGAAAAGAAUAAAUAUGUAAAUUUAUCUUUUAUUAGAUGUGGAGGAGUUGAUGAAGAAAUGACUGAAUAUGAAAUUCGAAAAAUAGUAUCAAGUUUAGUUCGAGUAGUACAUGAUAAUAAGCCUGCAUCUGCAUCUAUUAUAUUUGAAAUAGAUAUGAAUGAAUCUUUAUUUAGAUUCUUUUUAGAAACAGUUUUUUGUGAAUAUGUAGUUGAUGAAAGAUUCAAAUCUAGCGAUAAGAGUGAUAACAAGAAUUCUUCAAAUUCAGGAAAUAUGAAAAAUUUACAAAUAUUUUUAAAAAAUUAUAACAAUAAUUAUAAUAAAGAAGUUGAGAAAGCCCGAACAUAUUUUAUGGGUACAUACUUUGCAUGCCAACUUAUUGCAGCUCCAUCAAAUUAUUGCAAUCCUGUCUCUUUAGCAAAUGUAGCUGUUGAAUUAGCAGAAAAAGUAAACUUACAAUGCAAAAUUUUAGGAGUAAAAGAACUUGAAGAAUUAAAAAUGGGAUCAUAUUUAUCAGUAGGAAAAGGUAGUAUGUACCCUCAUCGAUUUAUUCAUUUAACUUAUAAAGGAAAAGGUGAUAUUAAAAAGAAGAUUGCAUUAGUUGGUAAAGGUAUUACAUUUGAUUCAGGAGGAUAUAAUUUAAAAGCUGCUCCAGGAUCUAUGAUUGAUUUAAUGAAAUUUGAUAUGAGUGGUUGUGCAGCUGUUUUAGGUUGUGCUUAUUGUAUUGGAACUAUAAAACCGGAAAAUAUUGAAAUUCACUUUUUAAGUGCAGUAUGUGAAAAUAUGGUUUCUCAAAAUGCUUAUCGACCUGGUGAUAUUAUAACUGCAUCUAAUGGAAAAACUAUUGAAGUAGGAAACACAGAUGCAGAAGGAAGAUUAACAUUAGCAGAUGCAUUAAUAUAUGCUGAAAAUAUUGGUGUUGAUCAUAUUGUUGAUAUAGCUACAUUAACAGGUGCUAUGUUAUAUUCAUUAGGUACAAGCUGUGCUGGUGUUUUUGGAAACGAUGAUAAGUUAAUUAAUAAAAUAUUAGCAUCAUCAAAAAGUUCUAAUGAACCAGUAUGGUGGUUACCAAUUAUUAAAGAAUAUAGAGAAGCUUUAAAUUCAAAAAUUGCAGAUAUAAAUAAUUUGGCUUCAUGUGGUAAAGCAUCUUCUAUUUCUGCAUCUUUAUUCUUGAAAGAAUUUAUAAAAUCAACAUCAUGGGCACAUUUAGAUAUUGCUGGAGUUGCUUGGAAUUUCAAAGAUAGAAAACCAAAAGGUUUUGGUGUUAGACUUUUAUCUGAAUUUAUAUUAAAUCAUUCUAUCUAA